CAGACAAGGUGAUUCCCAAUGAACUAUUGGCCAAAAACUUGGCAUAUCUCAGCAUAGUGUGUAAUGUGUUCUUAAAAACCUUUAGGAAACUGGACAAUGGGAGGACAAAAGAAUUGCCAGGCCUAAAAUACUAUCUGCAGUAGAUAAACAGUAUCUGAAAGACAUGUCUUUAAGAAAUAGGGAAAAAUCCAGCAGUUGCCUGAAAAAGGACCAUAUGGAUCUGACUCAUGACCGAUCAGAAACGGUCUUCGUGGAAAGGAUGUCAAGAAGUUAUUUUUUUUAGGAAGUGAAACGAGGAGAAAAGAAUCAGAGUUUGGAAUUUUUAAGCUGACAACAUCAACUGUAUGUACAGUAAAGGUCAUCAGAGAGUUGCAACAGUGAGUGCCAGAAGUAAAAGAUCUGUAGAACAUAGCUCUGUCAUCGUUUGGGGCUACAUUUCAGCCAGCGUUGUUGGAGAUCUUAACAAAACGGACUCAGUUAUGAACACAGAAAAGUAUUGUCAGGCUUUGAUCCAUCAUGCAUUACAUGGAAAGCAUCUGAUUGGCAACAGCUUGAUUUUUCAAGAUGAUAAUGAUCCCUGUCAAUGAAGUAAAAGCCUACCUGGAUAGAAAAACACAAUGUUUUGGCUUCUUGAGCCAAAACCUCAACAUUACUGAAGUGUUGCAGGAACAUGUUGAUAGAAAAUAGAGCAAAAGUUAGCCAACAUCUAAAGAAGAGCUUUGAAUACCCUUCAAGAACACUGGAGAACUAUACCAAAGUCCUUAACAAUCAUCCAGACAUUGUAUAGUCAUCUUUAGGCAACUAAAAGUUAUGAAUCCCAAGCAGCUCAGGUUCAACAGACAACCAUUAUGAGAAUGAUCGACCAGAACUACUGACAAAUGUACUGUGUCAGAUAUAAAGGUAUGUGGUUGUGACUGAGAAACUCUCUUUUGUGACAGCUGAAUCAUUUUAGCAGCAAAGUGUUCUCCCAGUUGCAAAAAGUGUUUCCAUGGCGACUCGGAUACAGCAGUUGGCUCAACCCAAACCGAACCGACUAAGAUAUCCAGACCGUCGGUCUGUUUACUGGCUGGAUAAGCUUCCACCAGAAAGGAGCGGAUUAACCACUAAAAUUGAGUUAACCCCCUGCUGGUCAGACUUGUGCAUAAGUAAAAAGUUCUACAAUCAAGUCACAAUUUCUCCCAUAUGGGAGGUCAGUGAAUGGGCUCUUAAGGCCGUCCCGUCCAAAAGGGUGUGUCAUUUGGCUCAACCUCGGGCGCCUGCAGCUGGUUGGCAGCCCGCCCGCCCGUUGUUGGUCCCUGUAAGCAGAGGCAUACAGACAGCUGUUGCCACUUCACGGAUCUGCCAGCUCGCCCAGCCAAAGCGAAGGCAGGUUCUGGAGAAAUCCAGGCACAAAUCUAAAUAUGCACAAGUAAUCCACCUGCCCUCUAAAGCAUCGGCACACAUAGAGCUACUCGCCACUCCGAAGAAUGACCAUCCCGAGUUCAAAGGAGACCGCCCAAUGUGCUGGCCCGUUUCAAAAGCUGCAAAAAGCUACAUAACCAGCCAAAGACUGCUUGAUCUGUCCAGUCCUAAAGAGAGGAAGGCUCUGUAUGAGGGAUAUGACCCAUACAUGAUCAGCCGGGCAGCCCGAUCAGCCAGCCCCUCUCCCAGAAUACAACAGCUCUGUUUGCCUCUGUCUCGCAAAUGCAGCUCAGAGUAAGAGCAGUGACGGCAAACACCG